CUCCCCGACCUUCUAUUCGUGGAAGAGGCGUCAAGUUGAGACCGUGCUCGGCAGGGCUGACAAGCCGCUUACUUAUACUAUUCACUAGUUUCAUCUUGGAUCCUACCUCGUCUUCUCCUUUUACUUUGAUCAGUCGCGAUUCAACGUCACAUGGUCAAUGUAUCUUGUACGGCUCCGACAGACCAGUCCGCCUGCCUUUCCAAAAAAUCAUGACUUCCCCAAGGGAUAACUACGAAUAUAGCACGUUAGAAGUAGACACCGAAGCGCAUACCCGAAAUCAAUAUGCCGAGACGACCCACGCCGCACAGUUUCCGGAGGUCAAUCAGAAUGCCACCGAACAUUUUAACUAUCCCGAGGUCGUUGGUGUUGCUGGCGAUGCUCCCAAAAGAGAUAUAGACCGCACCCUUCCAGAACCAGUUUUCAUACCGGAGACGGAGAAAGCGCUAGAUGCGCCAGAACCCAGGAUAUGUGGAAUGAAGCGAAAGAUUUUUUGGGCUGUUGUUAUCGGAGCUGUGAUUGCUAUUGUAGCAAUUGUGGCAGGAGUUGUUGCUGGUGUUGUAACAAGAAGGGAUAGUAGUUCCAAUUCCAAUUCAGACUCGAGCAGUAGUAGUCAGGAUCCGGCGGCUUCGCAGAACGACGAGACCGCUCUGUUCGCUAACACCAACCUCGCGACCGCCAACUUCACAGACGAGUUUGGAAAUGAUAACUAUCUAGUGGCUUACCAAUUAAAUAAUAAGGCCAUUUACUUGUCAGCAUGGAACUCGUCGCAUAAAAGCUGGGUGGUAUCACCGGUAGUUGAUGGCAAGACGAAUAAUCUGGGUUUAGAUAGCGUUAGGAAGGGAACCUCAUUGUCACUUGAUGUGUUCGCGUACGAUAAUACGAGACGCGAUAUACACAUAUACUGGCAACUUCCCGACAGCGGCGGUCUAGCUACAAUUAAGGCUCUAACAUACAAUAAUGACAAGGGCAUCUCGACACAGUCAACCAUCCCAACUGCAAAUUGGGUAGAUUCAAAAGCCGGAAAUAGUUAUAUUUCUACCGCUGGAUCGUCUCUCGUCUCGUACGGAAAGCAGUGCGAAUUAUGCAACCAAUACACAUAUCUCUACUGGCAGACGUCUGAUGGAAUAAGAGAAGCUAGCUACCAGAAUGACACCAGCGGAUGGGCUAGUAACACGAAUGUCAUUCAGGUUGACAUAUCGGCGCCCGCCGAGAACGCGUCUCUUGUCCAGGCACACGCAGCCGCUGCGACAAUAGACGGCCACAGGAGCAUGAAUAUUUUCUACCGCUCUAUUACUAGUGCACUAUCUCAGAUCGUAAAUGGAGAUGGUCGGUACGUAGGGCACUACCUAGGGCGGGAUAUAGGACCUAAAACCGCGAUUGCUGCCUUCUCGACAGGCUUCAACGAGACGAGCACCAACUGGCCCGAACCGCUGGGCUUCCAGGUUUUGACCAUGGACCCCACUACCGAUGAUGGAGUCCAGUUGACAUAUUACAAAGGAGAUAAUUGGACUACGGUGGAUCAAGAAGUUGGCGAUUUGUCAGAUUGCAAAGACCGCGGGAUAAUUGUUGCCAGUCACGCUCGGAGGAUAUAUUGCCUAGUAGGGCAGAAGGAUAGCGACGUGAACAUUGUCGAAUACGAAUGGCUCGGCGAUCCUAGUGAUACAUCGACGUAUUCGAAUUACAAUAGGAUAGGAAACGUGGAUGUUAGUACGAAAUAAUGGAAAAUAAAAUUGGUAACGUUAUUUA